AUGUCUCUACCCUGUAGAUUCCAGGACCAAGGAGCCCCUGGCAGGCCGAGAAAACGCCCAAGACAGGAUCAAAGCGACCGGCAUUCGCCAAGCAGCGAGAAGCACACAAGCGCCUCAUAUUUCUCGAGCAGCAUCCCUCAAACAGCUUCCUUAAACUCGCAAGAUGCAGCCAAUAUCCUCAUUGGCGGCGGCCAAUUCGAGGCAUUGUCAUGCGAGCUAGCCGGAAAUUGCGGAUUCGAUGCCUUGGACUGGGAGAUUCUAGGUAACGGCAACCUUGGUUCUUUUCCCGUCGAAUUGUGCCAGGCAUCGCGUCCGAACGACACUUUUCCAAUGCCCUCGGAUGCAUAUAUCUCUCCGACGUCGUUCUCAGGGGCGUGUAAGUGCGACGAAGAGGUAUCCGACAUAGUCCGGAAUCUGAACCGUGCUGAAAUGUCCCACGAUAUCAUCCAGAUGCUUCGCACUGGAGUGUCCCUCGUAGAGCGCUUACUGACAUGUCCGAUAUGCUAUGAUGUGUCGAAACCGCCACGAGUGACGGUGCAAAAUGUGCUCCUCAUCGGCCAACUUAUGCUUGAAAUUACAUCCGGCUACCAAAAGUACCUACGCUGGCUGAAAGAAUAUUGCACCGACCUCGAUGCUGGGAACAAGAGCGAAGCUAUCUACCUCAGCUCUGGGCUGGGAAUUGCGUCAGAAUUUAAUCUACAAAUCACCGGCGAGAAGCUGCGGAGUCUUGUUGUAGAGGGCCUCCAGGUCGAUGCCGAACGGCUACUGGUGCUGGGAAAACAGUUCGCGCAGCGGCAGCGCAAUCGCCACAUGGUAGGGCAUGAAGCUUGCCCGGGCCCUGAAGGACGCUGUCGGAAAAAGGAGUAUGGUAUUGAUCACGACCCCUUGGAUCUUUGUCCACAAAACCCCGCGGCGCGGAAAUUGGUGCCGUGUUUCCGGAUCGUCGAUGAGGUUCGAGGCAUGAUCAAGGAUGUUGCAGAUGCUGUCGCAUGA